CUGAAUAAUAAUUCUGAGACACAAUGAAUAAUUUUUUGUUGCACAAUUAACAUAUAAAAAAGUAGCACAGAAGAUUUUAUACGGAUACUAAUCUUACACAUUAAAGUCCACAGUCUUUUGUUAAUGACUAUGCAAAUGAAUAAGAAAUUUGAAGUGUGUAAAAGAACUGUUUGGAACUCGCAAAGUUUAAAGAGAGUGUGUGUGUGUGUGAAAUGAGAGGCCUAUAAAAGGCCCCCUCCAACAGAGUCCAACACACAAAGAAGAAGAGAGACCACCCCCCCCACAAAAAAAAAUCUCCCAAAGAGGGAGGCAAAAAACAGAACUUUGCUGCUAAAUAAUACUAGCUAGUUUGUUCUGUUUCGUUCACUUUGGUAGGAAGCCAGCCAGCCUUAGUUUUUUUACCUUCUUAAUUAACUACUGUUGUGCAUUGUCAAGAUACUUAAAAGAGACAAAUACACUCACAAGUGAAUUUAAGAGAAAAUGUUUGCAGCUGAAAAUGGACUGAAGGGAGACUCCAGACUGGAGGCCAUCUCUGCAGCCAUUAGAGUCAUCCCUCAUUUCCCUAAACCAGGAAUAAUGUUCCAAGAUAUAACCACCCUGAUGUUGAAUCACAAAGUGUUCAAAGACACCGUGGACAUAUUCGUUGAUAGGUACAAGGACAUGGGCAUCUCUGUUGUUGCUGGAAUCGAAGCCAGAGGAUUCAUGUUUGGUCCAUCAAUAGCGCUGGCUAUCGGCGCAAAGUUUGUCCCUCUGCGUAAACCAGGAAAACUUCCAGGAAAAGUGAUCUCACAAGCUUAUGAGCUAGAGUAUGGAAAAGAUUGUAUAGAGAUGCACAUUGAUGCAGUUCAAGCAGGGGAUAGAGCUGUUGUAAUCGAUGAUUUGGUUGCCACCGGAGGAACUCUAACAGCGGCAAUCAAGCUUCUAGGUCUGGUCAUCAAAUGAUUGAUUGUUGAAUACUUAGUUUAGCAUAUUGUCAUAGUUUUGAUAAAGGAACAAAAGUUUUUAUAGAUUCCAUAAAAUGCAGAAUCAAUGGAAGCCGAAGUGGUUGAAUGCGGUUGUGUGAUCGGAUUGCGGGAGGUCAAGGGACAGAAUAGGCUGAAUGGAAGGCCACUUUACAUACUAGUGGAACCCAGGGAAUUCCAAGAUAGCUGUUGAGGGUAAGACAGACUCUGCCCGUGUUUCUUUACCAUUUUACAGUUUGAUCCUUUUCACAAAGUCUCGAAAAGGACCCGUACUAAUAAUAAAUCUCCAAUUUCUCUGUGUUUUAUGUUUUGGGCUUCAUAUCUGAUCUCCAUUUUUUUCUUGUACGUGUAGCAGCAGCUCCAUAGGAGAUGAACUUUUGAGUCCAUGCAGAUAUGACUGCAUAGCAAUUCUUGGG